GCAUAUCCACACUGCUUCCGUAAACAUACAUCUUUGGAAAAACUUUAACCACAGAGCACCGCUACUGAAAUUUCACAAGAUUAAAAAUGUUUCUGGAACAGAGUAGCAGACUGUUAUCCUGCAAACAGACAGACAUACAGACAAGACAGACGGACAUACAGACCGACACACAACAGGAACGCAACAACAAAUCACCUCAACGACAGAUGGAUCAUGAGAUACCAUCAAGGAAUAUGCAGUUAUAUCGAUAGUGCUAAAACAAAAGCAGUUUCAAUCAUUUUUUAAAACUUAUAUCGGUUUCCUGUGACUAACUUCGGGCAGGUUGCUCCUGGGUCCCGCCCCUCUAUGACGUAUCCUGAUCCACCUGUCAGUCGGCACCGAGUCGCACGGUGAGGAGAUGAGAGGGAUGCAUUGAGAUGACCGGACAGGACGAUGUGGACAUACCCGGAGCCAUCUUUACAUUUGGAAAGAGCACUUUUGCUGACAACGUGCCUAGUACAUUCUGGUUGAAGAAUGACCUGCCUGUGCACAUCUCCUGUGGCUGGGAGCACACUGCUGUCACCACAGAAAAUGGCAGGCUGCUCAUGUUUGGUGGUAAUACUUGGGGCCAACUGGGGAUUGGAUCUAAACCUGCUGCCAGCAAACCUGCCUUUGUGAAAGCCUUAAAGUCUGAGAAGGUGAAGCUUGUGGCUUGUGGGAGGGAUCACACAAUCGUCUCCACAUGGCAGGGCAGUGUUUACAGUGCUGGCAGAAACCAAGAGGGGCAGCUCGGUUUGGGUCACCACGACAACACUUCAUCCUUCCUCCUGCUGCAACCCUUCUGUGGCUAUGCACCAAUCAAAAAGCUUUCUUCUGGAUGCAAUACCUCAGCUGCCUUAACAGAGGAUGGGAGGCUGUUCAUGUGGGGAGACAACUCUCAGGGUCAGAUUGGUUUGGGGGAUGAGGGUUUUUCAGCAGAACCCAGAGAGGUGGGUGUUGGUGAGGCGGUGAUCUGGGUCUCCUGUGGGUGCCACCACUCAGCAUUUGUCACAGCGGACGGAGAUCUCUUCACGUUUGGCGAGAGCGCGAAUGGAAGGCUUGGUCUCCAGGGGGAGCAGCUGGCCAAUCACAGAGUCCCUCAGCGGGUGCAAGGGAUUGUGGGUCAUGUCACGCAGGUUUCGUGUGGAGGCGAGCACACCGUGGCACUCACAGAGGAGAACGUGUACACAUUUGGCCGAGGUCAGUACGGUCAGCUGGGCCACGGAACAUUUCUGUUUGAAGUCGAUUUGCCAAAACCACUGGAGCACUUUUCUAACAGUAGUAUCAAACAUGUCGCCUGUGGAGAAAACCACACCGCUGUGAUCACAAGCAGCGGGCUUCUCUACACGUUUGGUAACUGUCGUCAUGGGAAACUGGGUUUAGGGCAGGAGAACUUUAUCAACCACUUCAGCCCGGCCCUCUGCACACGUUUCCUAAAGUACAAUGUUCUAAUAGUGUCCUGCGGUGGAAACCACAUGCUGGUAACUGCAGCCCCCAGACCACCAGAGAGUCAAGAAGUGUUGCCAGGGGAGGAUGUGACAAUCACAGAUACCUUUUUGGAGCCAAAUUAUCGAGAACUCCUGCUGCUGGAAACUUUGAUUGAUCCUAAUUUAAUCGUCCCACUCUCAGCGAUCGCUGCUCGAGCCCGCCACAGACAAAAAGGAAUCUCUGAGGAGAUGUUUCACAACCUCCCACGUCUAAAUUCUGGUUUCCUCAACACCUCCUGGCAAACAUCCAGAAAUAUUCCAACCCCCAAAACACUCUCAAAGGACUUUACUACCCCUACAUCAUCCCCUCAACCACAAUCAGAAGUGACACUAAGCCCCCCACUCUCCCCCAGAUCUCCAGUGAUCUCAUCUCAACCAUCGAGCCCACAUUCUCAGUCAUCAAACACCUCUCAGAACAAAUCCUCUGCUUUCUAUAGGUCUACAUCCGAGUGGCCUUCUCCCAUACUAUCACCAGAGUAUUUAAAUAAUCAUGACACAUCAAUAUCUCCUAAAAGUACGCCAGAACAAAGUCUGUAUAAAGAGGCAACCACUGAAAAAGCCUUAAUUGAAGAAUCUCCUUCAGCACCUAAAGAGCCCUGCAGCCCCAACAGACCCUCCAGUGAUGUUUCCAAUCAACUUCUCAGUGAGGAAGAAGAGCAACCUGCCUCGCAAUCAACAGAGGGAGAAACUAUGCAGAGGCAAAUGACCAUAGAAGAUGUGGAGGAGGAUCUGUCUGAGGAAGGAUCUCACUCUGACAUUUGGCCAAAUAUGGACAAGAAGAAAGGCAGGCCUCCUAUAGGAACUACGGAAGAGGCAGAGUUGUUUGCCAAACAGUUCAAUUGGGAGGCAGAACAAGAUUCUCCUAAGGCUUCAGCCACAGAGCGCCUGAAGGGCUCUUUAAAGAAAGAAGUGACUCCACCAAGGAGUCCAAAAAACACACCCAAAAAAGUCUCAUCUAAAGGCAAAGAGAACAUUACAAAGCAGACCAUUAAAAUAAAAAGUCAUGAAGCUCAAAAUCAAUCUUCCCAUUUUAAAUCAAAAAAACUAUCAUCACCGAGUCCAAAAACUCCACAAUCUGUCCGAAACACACUCACUGAAGCCCCGCAGAGAACGACUGAAGGGACGGCAGAUGACAGGAAACAUAGAAAUGGGAAAGAAAGUAUAAUAAACAAAGAGGAUAUGAAAGAAGAAGUGUUUAAUGUAACAGAGGGAAAGGACAUCACGAGCAUAUCUGUCCAAAGUGAAAGUUUGUCAUCUGUAGAAAAACAUGAAGAAAUUCAGAGAGAAACCACUGAGGUGAGACCUUUUGGAGAAGAGACGCAACAGGAGACACGACGAUUAAAAACAACUCCAUCAAGAGAUUCGCUCAAGGUUAAGUCUGCCCUUGGAAAAGGUCAAAACAAAGGACCUGGUGUAAAAUCACUACCAGGGAAAAUACAAGAUAAAAGUGCAGGAAUUACGCCCGUUAAAGGCAAAGGAAAAGUUGUGAAAGAUGAGUUAAACAAAGCUCAAAAGAUGAAUAGUACAACUGCAGGUAAGCAGAAGACACCCGAAGGUGACAGUGCUAAAGUAAAAGACAAAAAGAUGGCAAAAGAAACUCAAAUAAAGGCAAAACCAAGAGCAGAAGGAGACAGAGUUAAAGCUGACUCUGAAGGUAAUAAGAAAGCAAAGCCCAGAAGUAAGCAGACUGAAGCAUCCAGCCCGCUGUUAUCACAGCAGGAUGCAUCUGCUGAAGUGCUAUGUAGCCCUAUUUCCUCACAAAGCACUCGGAGAACAGAGGUCGUCUCUGUCUGUGGAGCCAAGUCCCUGCAGGGCCCUGGACCUGCUGAUAGAGACCUGCUUGCUGCUGGGUCACACAGAGAGGACACUCAGAGCCUCACUGAAGAAAAGCCAAAGUGGGGGGAAGUCAUCAGUACCGCAGCCUCUCUUCUCCCUGCUGUUGGAAUAGCAGGUGCAGCUAUGGGGGUCCUUAGUGAGGCGGGGACAAGAGAACAGGGCUUCCAGUCUGACUCUACACCCCCCAAAACACCCAACCGAGUCAAGCAAUUCACAAAGCAGAGCGCCGUUAUGCAACCUUCCUUUUCCACAACAUUGUCAGAUUCUUCUUCAAAUCCACAAGCAGAAAGCUCAAAGAAAGAUGUUCAGGUCAAUAAGGAUGAAGUUCAGGAUGAAGACAGUGACGACACGUUUCAGGAGGCGGAGAGAAAUGACGUGGAAUGUUCACAAACUGAGGGGAAGAACAGAAGGGGCGCAGAAGAGGAAACUUUCCAGCAAGAACAUGAAGAAGACGAGGAAACCUACAAGGAUCACGUGAGAGAAGACGGUGCAGGUGAGGGAAAAGGGAAAGAUAAGGAGAGUGGAAGUGAGGUGGGGAACAACAAAGCGGAGGAGGAGGGGGAGGAGGGGGGAAGUAAAGUAAGUGAGAGUGUUUCUGUGGAGGAUGAGGAAGAACAAGAUAAUGAAACUGCAAAGGAAGAUGGUGAGGAGGAAACAGCCACCAGCAUCGAGGAAGAGGAGGAAGGAAGUGAGAAAAGUGAGGUCAAAGAAGAGGAGGAGGAAGAGGAAGAAGAAGGAAGUGAGGAAGCAGGUGGAGAAGGGAGUGAGUUUGAGGAAAGUGUGGCAUCAGAGGAGGAGGGAAGUGAGGAGGAAGAAAGUGAGGUGAGUGAGGAUGAAGAAGAUGAAAGUGGUGAAGAGUCAGGAAGCAGCGAGAGCAGGGAGGAGGACACUUCAGCAUCUGUCUCGGAAGAAGAAGAAAACAAGGAGGAGGAGGAGGAGGAGGAGGAGGAGGAGGAGGAGGAGGAAGAAGAAACUGAAGAUCAAAAAGAUUCGAGCGAAAGUGAGAAGCAGGAUGAUGCCAGUGUUCAGGAGGAAGAGGAAGAUGAGGAGGAAGAGAGUAAGGAGGAGGAGGAAGAGGAUGAGGAGGAAGAGGAGGAGGAAGAGAGUAAGGAGGAGGAGGAAGAGAGUAAGGGGGAGGAGGAAGAGAGUAAGGAGGAGGAGGAAGAGAGUAAGGAGGAGGAGGAAGAGAGUAAGGGGGAGGAG